UCGGUGUUGCGACAAAAAAAGUUGUGGAAACCGAAACGAAACUCCAUCGGACCCUGUCAUCAUCGAUCGAUUUUUUCUCAAGUUCUUCCUGAAGUGCAAUCAGAAUUGUUUGAAGAAUGCCGGCAACCCGCGAGAUAUGAGAAGAUUCCAAGUGGUAAUAUCAACGCAAGUAAUGGUCGACGGUCCCCUUCUAGCGAUAUCAGACAACAUGUUCGUCCAUAACAACAGCAAACACGGCCGUCGGGCGAAACGUCUAGACCCAACUGAAGGUAUUGAGGCCGCGCCAGAAAACACUUCUGGCCUAUACCCGCCUCUCCCUGUCGCGACGCCGUGCAUCAAGGCGAUAUCACCAAGCGAAGGUUGGACGUCUGGAGGGUCGACAGUAAUCAUAGUGGGCGACAACUUCUUCGACGGGUUGCAAGUCGUGUUCGGAACUAUGCUGGUGUGGAGUGAGUUAAUAACAUCACACGCCAUCCGGGUCCAAACGCCGCCGCGGCACAUACCAGGCGUGGUGGAGGUGACUCUAUCGUAUAAGAGCAAGCAGUUCUGCAAGGGCGCACCGGGGAGAUUCGUAUAUGUUUCAGCACUCAACGAGCCUACGAUAGAUUACGGCUUUCAGAGGCUGCAGAAACUUAUACCGAGACAUCCUGGCGACCCGGAGAAACUACCGAAGGAAAUAAUUCUCAAAAGAGCAGCGGACUUAGCAGAGGCAUUAUAUUCGAUGCCUCGCAACAACCAGCUCGGGCUGGGCGCGCCGCGGUCGCCGCCCGCUAGCAUGCCCUUCAACUCCUACACCGGCCAGCUGGCAGUCAGCGUGCAGGACACCGCCGCCUCACAGUGGACGGAAGAGGAGUACGCGCGCAGCGGCGGCGGCGGUUCGGUGUCUCCGCGGUACUGCUCGGCCGCGUCGACGCCGCACGCGCAUGCGCACGCGCCGCCCGCAUCCUAUCCACACCCGCAACACUACCCCGCACCGCCCACCUCGCUCUUCAACACCACGUCACGAAUGGGUGGUUUGGUGUCAUCGCCGUUCAGCGUGAAUCCAUUCUCUCUGCCGACUUGCAGCGCGCAACAGUACGCGCAAACAGCGCCGCUUGCUUCCAAGUAGCCAACGUUGUACGCGUCGAUACUGGGCGUCAAUGGUUAGUCUUUAUGAUACCAAAAUACCAGCUGAUUUUUAGCAAAUCUCGUCUCAUUUUAACACGCAAUAGUUACAUAUUAUAGUUCUGUUCUGAUUAAGUAGUUAUUAGUUACAACUUUUAACGAAACGUCUAGAAACAAAAUAUAAUUUCCGUUUAAAUAGAUUAGUAAGUACUUCAGUUAUAAAUAUUGUGCAUUAUGUUUCAACGGGAUGUUUUAAAUUCAAGCUCGUAUUUCAAUAUCAUUAUCGACAGCAAGCGUUAUAUUUUGUAUAGUUCCGGGUCGGUGUGGGUUUAAUGUAAAUAACAAUGUAAUUAACGUGUAAAUAUAUAGAUAAAUAAUUCACAUACUCAAUAGUUUGGUUGCUAGAUUGAUAGUGUAGAUUUUUAUAUGUAAAAUAAAAUUUAAACAUGCUCAGGACGAUAAAAUAAUUCGUAAUUUCACUCCAAUCACUUUUGCGUGUGUUAUGUUCUUGUAAAAUCUGUGAUAUAUUUAUUGUAAGUAAUGUUGUAAAUUAUAAUGUAACCGUAAUUAUGUAAAAUUAUCUAUUCUUGAAUUAUAUUGUUUUAAUCGACUUAAGUACUACAUCGACUAUAAAUAAUUGUUGUUUUACAAUAUCUUAACGAAAUUCCUUCCUUUAAUUUCGAAUACUUCAAUAUCAGUGGCGAAGGGCCCGCAUUUGGCUUCUCUUUUAAAAUAAUUUCUGUAAAAUUUGAUUAUGAUCAAAACUAUUGGCAGAUUGUCUUUAUGCAUAUUAGUACCUAUAUGUUGUGUCGGGGAAAUUUUCUCCUUUCGCCACUGCUCAGUAUACAAAAUAACGAUAAUUGUGACUUCAAAAAUGUUUUCAUAAGUUCCUUAAAAUUACUUAACGUUAUUAUAUUGUAAACUAUGGAAAAUAUAUUAACCUUAUUAAGCACUUACUGAAUUGGCAAAGAAACAAUUGUUGAAUAAAAACGACCAUAUCUUGAAACAAAACAUAUCUGUAACGUUACGUUUUAUUUGUAAGAGAAACAACGAAAAUAUUAAUAUUCCCGAAAACAUGAACGUAUACGAAUAACUGGAGAACAGUUCGAUACACAAAAUUGUUUUGUGGAUUACUCAACUAAUGGAAUAUUGUGUAGUUAUGUUAUUUAACGAAUUGUAUCAAUAAGACAUGUAAAUUGUAAUCGUUCAUGAAACAAAUUAUCACGAAAUACGAAAUUAAAUUACUUAAAUAACA